CCAUCCUCCUACCUACCUACAAUCACCAAAAAAGAAAACCAAAGCUGCUUGUCAAAUCAAUCUGGCAAGCUAGAAACAACAUAAUACCAAACACUCUAUUAUCUCCUCGGUUAACACUAUAGCCAACAUGGCUACCUGGGAAGAUCAACAAGUCACCCAGUUAGCGACACAGGUCAAGUUCGAGGCUUCCCCUGCCGAGUCCUUCCUGUCGACCCCUGGUGGCGAACUGUACCCGUCUCUAUUUGCCACAUCUCAACUCAACACAAUAGACCCCUCCGACAGCGUCAUGACUCCCGAGUCCAACUGCGGCGAUGAGAACAUGUCUGAUGCUGUCUCGCCGGCGCCGGUCGCGACGCCCGCAGCUACCCCAGCUGCCGAGGGCGAGAAGAAGCCCGUCAAGAAGCGGAAGUCCUGGGGCCAGGUCCUACCCGAACCCAAGACCAACCUUCCCCCAAGGAAACGAGCCAAGACGGAAGACGAGAAGGAGCAACGGCGCGUUGAGAGGGUUCUCCGGAACCGUCGUGCUGCCCAGUCCUCAAGGGAACGAAAGCGGCAGGAAGUGGAGGCCCUCGAGCAGCGCAACGCCGCUCUAGAGUCCGCCCUGCUCAACCAGCAAAAACAAAACCUGGCACUGAUGGAGGAGCUGGCCAAACUACGGAGAGGCGCCGGCGUCGUUAGCCGAAGCUCGACGCCGCUUGAUGCUUUCCAGCCCUCCCCCCUUACCCUCUCCCAGCCUCUCUUCCAACAGUCCGCCGAUGGCGCUACACAACCUCAUCCCGGUGUGAUGGAAGACUUUAUUCUCAUGCCCUCUGAACAAGACGGGACUGUAGAUGGCACUGUAAACCCAGCCUCCAUCUCCCCCGAGCUCAACCCCAUUGCCGAUUCAGAAAUGAAGACAGCAUCAACUACUACUACAACCCAGACAGAAACCGUGACGGCUCCAUCGACCGUGGCGACUACUUCCUCUGACGUGACACAACAUCCAGCAGCGGUGUUGUGCGACCUGCAGUGUCCGUCAGUGGAAGCAUCGCCAUCGUGGCUGGCCAACGCGCAGACCUUACCCUUCCUGCAGCUACAAACGUUUCUGAUGGCCUCUUCGGUGCUGAUUUCAGCCUGUUGCCGGCCUCUGACAUUGAUCACUGGGGCCCUCAAGACCAACUUAGCCCUUCAGCCGACCCCGUCGGUUUUGAGUACAAUCAUUUGGCUAGUGACGCUACCCCCGAACUUCCGGAAUUUGACAUCAAUCAGUUCCUCAGCGACGACGUCAGCGGCGCAUCCGGCGCGACCGCGAUCCACGACUCAGUCGUCCAAGAUCCCGAGUCCACUUUCAGCUUCUUCGACUUUGAGAAUCAAGUCUCUACAGAAACUUUUAACCAGCAGCCCCAUCCUGGCGCGUCCACUAAUGGAUGCGACGAUGGGGUUCUUGCGGUUGGUGUCUGAAAGACGUGAUGAUCGGGUCGACGAACUGGCAAAUGGAUCCCCGGGUAUCAAGGGAGAUCAGAGCCGAGGACCGCUGAUGUGGCCAAAAGGCACCAGCUUACCGUCCCGCGAGGUACUGCUCACACUAUUGUGGGCUCUUAGAGUCGAAGAACGAAAACUACUACGUUCCCAGGAGGCGAACAAUGCCUCCUCGCCUAGUUCUCGAUCCGGAUCAUUCGUCCUUCAGGGGAAGGCAUCAACAAACCAAAAUGUAUUAUGGGUGGGUGGUAAACGGAAGGGUGAUAAUACGGUUAGUAACGGUGGGAAGCGGGUCUGUCUUGGUUUAUAACGGACGGGUCAAAAGGAAUUCAGCAUUGGCGUCUAGGAUCGUUGGGUGACCAAACAAUGGUACC